UGAAGUAGGUUUUUCGUAUUGCGCAGCGUCGUGCAAUAACCAUGAACCUAGAAAUUCGAUAAUCCUGCGUCAAAUGCCCUCUACAGCAACCAUAAGAAACAUAACGGCCAUAUUGUACAAAGAACUGAAGUAACUUAAGUUUCAGAUAUAUUUAAAAUGGCAGAAAUAUCCGAUAGUGACACAUUUAAAAUUUUGGUAGCUACUGAUAUUCAUCUUGGCUAUCAACAUGAGAGAAAUAAAGGUCAACUACUACGCGAUAGCUUUACAACCUUUGAAGAAAUUCUUCAAUAUGGUAAAAAAUAUGAAGUUGAUUUUAUACUUCUUGGAGGAGAUCUUUUCCAUGAUACUAAACCUUCUCAAAGUACUAUGAUUGAAUGUAUGGACUUACUAAGGAAAUACUGUUAUGGUCCAGGAGACAUUGCAAUGGAGUUUUUAACAGAUCCUACUACAGUUUUUGAACAUUGUCGUUAUAAAAAUGCUAAUUACGAAGAUCCAAAUAUAAACAUUAAUAUGCCAGUAUUCACAAUUCAUGGAAACCAUGAUGAUCCAAGUUUUAGUAAUGUUGGUUCUAUGGAUACGCUGUCAGUAGCUGGACUUGUUAAUUAUUUUGGAAAAUGGAUGAGUCUUGACAAAAUAACUGUGGAACCUAUAAUAUUAAAAAAAGGUUCUACAUAUAUUGCUUUGUAUGGUUUGGGUUUUGUCAAUGAUCAAAGAAUGUACAGGCUUAUAAAAGAUGAUAAACUUCAGCUAAAGAAAGUAGAAGAAUUUCCAGAAUGUUUCAAUAUUCUUGUUUUGCAUCAAAAUCGUGUACAGCACGCACAAAAUGAUUAUGUUCCAGAAAGUAAACUACCAUCGUUUCUUAAUUUAGUUAUAUGGGGACAUGAACAUGAAUGUCGUAUUAUGCCAGAAGCAGUUGUGGGAGCUUCAUAUUUUAUAUCUCAGCCUGGUAGCUCUAUUGCAACAUCAUUAUGUCAGAAUGAAACUGUACCAAAACAUAUUGGGCUACUAUAUGUAAAUAAGUUACGAUUCAAAAUGAAAAAACUAAAACUAAAUACUGUUAGACCUUUUGUAUUUGAUAACAUAAUUCUCUAUAAUAAUCCUGAAAUCGAAGAAAAAAGAAAAUCACAAUUUAUAUCUUCAAAUACAAACAUUAUUUCUGAGUAUGUAGAUAAAUAUAUAGAAGAUAAACUUAUACCUAAAGCAGUAGCACAAUUGACAGGACAUCCUAAGCAACCAGAAGAGCCCUUAAUUCGUUUACGAUUAUUUUAUAAUGAUGAACAAGAUAUAUUUGAAACUGCAGGGCUUUCACAAAAGUAUUGCGAUGAAGUACUCAAUCCUAUGAGUAUGAUCCUUUUUCGUAAAACUGCUGAUACCUCUAAAUCGAGUAAACAUACUAUUAUAGAUGAUACAUUGGAUGAUUUAGCAGAUAAAUUUCAUUUUGAAGAUGAAGAAAGGGGUUGGACACAGAGUGUUCAAGGAAGUAUUAAAGAGUAUUUUGAUUCAGAAGAGAACAAAGAUUUGUUAACAGUCUUAUCUGUUACUGGACUGAAUGAAACAUUAAGUCAAUAUAUCGUUAAAGCGGAUGAGGAGGCUAUACAAGAUGUGAUACAAAAUAAAAUAAAUAAAAUCAAGGAACACAUGAAGAAACAACAUUUAGAAAAUCCUGAGGAAAUACUAGAUAAAAUUAAGGAAUAUAGAGAUGAAAGAAACGAGAAGGAAGAAGAAGAAAGUCGAGAUGUGAUUAAUUUCAUGAGUACUAGAUUAUCUAAAAAAAUUGGAACACAUUACAAUAAUGAUGAUAACAGUGAUGAUGAUGAUGAUGAUGUUGAUGAUGAUAAUCAUGACAGUGAUGAUGAUGGCAAUGAUAGUGAUGAUGAUAAUGAAACGAGUUAUGUAGGUAGAGGUAAAGGAAAACAAAAUACGAGUACAAGAAGGAAAGGAAGAGGAAGAGCAAGUAGCAAAGGUACUUUAGAAAAAGCUUCUAGAAGUACAAAAGCUAAUGUAACAAACAAAAGAAACAAAGAUCCAUUCUCUGCAGCAUUGUCUGUUAUACCCAACAAAGGGAAACAGUUGGGAAAACAGAUGCAAUCCACGAUAAAUCAGCAUACUACGCCUUUGAGUCAAUUACGUCAACCGCCUGUGAAUAAGUAUAUAAAUGUCUCCGAUAGUGAUUAAUUAAAGAGCUAUUCAUUUCUAAAGAAGAAC